UCCCGCCCCUGGGGCGCAGCCAGCCUCUACGAUUAUGCCACCCGUGCUCAAAACAAAGUUUACAAAGUUGUUUCCACCUUUCUGCGGUCUGACUUAGACCCUGAGGCGCGGGCGGAGAACCACGCAGAGCUCGUAUUGCACCUCCGCCUGGGCGCCUGCAGGAAGCGGCAAGAGGUCAGAGUUUGUGAGUAAAUGGGACAGCAGCAUCCCAAAAUAUUCUUGCGCAGAGAUUGUGACAAUGGACAGAAUACAAGGAGACUGUGCCAGUCCUGUGCCACUGGGAGAUGUGGAGAGCAGCAAGACUGGAGAACAAGACCCAGGACUAGCUGUGUUGGAAAAAGCACAAGAGUUCUUUCAGAUUUGUGAUCGGGAAGGCAAAGGCUUCAUCACUCGUCAAGACAUGCAGAGACUAUAUCCUGAGUUACCCCUUAGCCUGGAAGAGCUUGAAAAAGUUUUUGUUACAUUGGAUGCUGAUGGCAAUGGCUCACUUACCCCAAAGGAGUUCACCACAGGAUUCAGCCAGUUUCUUUUGGGGCAGAUGGCUUUGAAUAAUGAGAUGAUGCAGCAAUCGGAAAGUGAAACAGCCUGCCCAGUGAAGUGCAAACAGACUAUGAGUGAUGAUGAGGAUGAAGAAUUCCAGUUCUCAAAUCUGAUGGAUCGGCUUGGGACUAAAAAGGUUUUGGAUGAUGAGAGUGAUGUGAAACAACUUUGGUUGCAGCUGAGAAAAGAUGAACCUCAUUUACUUUCCAAUUUUGAAGAGUUUCUGGUCAGAAUUUUUUCCCAGCUCCAAGAAGCAGAUAAUGAAAAGAACGAGUUGGAAUGCGCUCUAAAAAAAAAAAUUGCUGCUUAUGAUGAAGAAAUUCAACAUCUCUAUGAGGAAAUGGAACAGCAAAUCAAAAAGGAGAAAGAGCAGUUUCUCUUGAAAGACACAGAGAGAUUUCAGUCCUACAGUAAAGAGCUGGAGUGCAAGCUCCUGUCAAAAGAACAAGAACUGGAACAAUUGCUUCAAAAACAGAAAAAGUUAGAGCAGCAAUGUACAGAACUUCUCAGUGGCAAAGAAGAAACGAAAGUAGAGAACACCAAGCUAAAGCUGACUAACCAAGAGCUGCUGAAAGACUUGGAGAGAACAUCUCAUGAACUAAGCGUGGCUCAACAACAGUUACAGGUGCUUCAGGAGGAGGCAUCAAGACUACAUGAGGAGAAGGAAAUGGAGGUGUACCAAGUGACAGAAACCUUACAGAGAGAGAAGUCAGGACUUCUGAAGCAGCUGGACUUCUUAAGGGAGAGGAACAAACAUCUCAAAGAUGAACGUGACAUAUUUUUGCAGAAAUGCAAAACAAGUGUUCCAAAAACCAUCUGGAAGCAAAGAUCGGGGUCUGUCAUUGGGAAAUACAUGGAGGGCAAGAUCCUGCCUAGCAGCCAUUCAUUUGAAGAAGAUGAUGUUUUCAGUAACUCAAAGAGAAGGAAUUCUGCUGGACUGAAUGGAAUUCUCUCUGUAGAGCCUGAUGCUGGAGCUUCUGGAGGAAUGUCUAAAGCAUCACGUCUCCAAAGAAUAAUAUCAAUUGAGGAAGAUCACCUUCCCCAGCUUCUUGAUAGACUGGUUGUUAAGCAACAGAACAGAUGGAUUGGAGAAGAUGAAAAUACUUCUGAGAUGGAAAAGGAUAAGGAAAACACAGAACAAUCAAUUGAACACUCACCAUCAUCUUCUAGAGAGCAGCCUGUAGGGCUGUCAAAUGAGGAGAGAAUAAACUCUGCCCCAGACCGCUUAUUCAAGAUUAUUUUUGUGGGCAAUUCCAGUGUUGGAAAGACUUCAUUCUUAAGGCGAUUUUGCGAAGAUCGUUUUUUCCCAGGCACAGCUGCCACUGUAGGUGUGGAUUACAAUGUGAAAACCAUCACAGUAGAUAAUACCCAGGUGGCCUUGCAACUCUGGGAUACUGCUGGCCAGGAACGGUACCGAAGCAUUACCAAGCAGUUUUUCAGAAAAGCUGAUGGCAUCAUUGUGAUGUAUGAUAUAACAGCAAAAGACACAUUCACAGCUGUCAAGCAGUGGCUGAUAAGCAUUGAGGAGACAACUGGGGAAAAUGUACCUGUGCUGUUGUUGGGUAAUAAAAUUGAUAAUGAAAAGGAACGUGAGGUCCCUAUGGGAAUGGGAGAACAUCUUGCUAAGGAUUACAAUUUGAUUUUCUAUGAAUGCAGUGCAUAUUCUGGGUACAACACUCAAAAGUCUGUGCUUCAUUUAGCUAGGAUUUUGAAGGAACAAGAAGACAAAGUGAAAGAGAAAACCGUUGAACUUCAAUCUGAUAUAAAUAAAAAGUCUUGCUGUAUCAGGCCAUAAAACGCUGGGGCAUGUUUAGACAGAAGUCAUAUGACACUAUAUGGCAGCAUCAGAUUUGCUUUGCUUUCUGAAUAUUUCUUCUGUCUUCUGAGUGUGGGUGUAAGUAAAACUUAAAUUCAUGUAUGCUCUGAUCUUCACUUUUACAAAUACUGUUUUUAGUUAAUUGUCAAUGCAUUUGGGGCAGUUACAGUCUUUUAUUAAAUUUUAUGCCUGACACCACUGAAUCCUGCUUUGUCUUCAGGCUUGUAGAAGCUGCCACAUUAUUAAUAACAAGAAAUAAUUUUAUAUGAAGAAAACUACUUGGAAUGUGAAGUAAAUUCUUACUGCUGUGGAUGACCUUUGUUCUGAAUAUUUCUGUUUAUUUCAGUGCUCUUUAGAUCCUGAUUUUGUGCUGACCUUUGUUACAACUUUUUAAAAAUUGAAAUAGGUAUCUGGUUGGUUGUUUAAAAGCAACACACCAGCAUUUGCAAAGUAUAAGGUGAUAUUUGAAAUCUUAGUGUGAAAUAUACAUGAAUAAAGGAUUGAAGAACGAUGAAGAUUUUCAUAGUAGCAUUAACUCAUUUAUAUCACGCAUUGUUGCAUAUAGGUUCUUGAUAAGAAAUCCUUCCUCCCAAUUAGAUGUAAUGAAUUAGAUAUGCUUAGGCAGGUCACUGUGAUACCACACAGGCUUGCCUGAGCUAUUACCAAGUAAGCUGGCAUGUUUCUGUGGUGAGCUGAUGCUAUGCAAAUAUCUAGCUUAGUUUUCAGAAACAGUAAAGACACUCU